AGCUCUACUGAAGUCUUUUAAAUGCCAAAUCGGAGUCGGCCAUAUUAGUUUUCGAUAACCCUACUAUCUGCUAACCAAGUACUACCCAGUUGUGAGCUCACGCACGACUGAUUUUGUCAGUCGGUUCCAAUCGCAUCGGAUAUUACCCAAGGCCUAUUAGUAAAACACCUAAGAAUUUUUCAAUAAAAUAAAAAGUUCCGAAGUAUCUCGAGUUCUGAGAUACUUUUGAAAGCAUUCUUGGUGUUGAGCAACUCUGACAACACGCAGUUACACGGUCACAGAAGUUGGUGCUUGUGCAGUCCAUGUGCAUGCACUGAAAAACUGAAGUUCCUGGUUGUAAAUUUCCAACACGAAGGUAAGAUAAACGAGCAUAUGCAAAAGCAUCUCAAAAACUCAAUUACGAAUAAAAACAAUAUAUUUACUAUGUAAAGAGUAUGUAAUGUGGACCUCAGACCGACAAACGUCUGCACUCACCACGGACUGACCGUAUUAUGUUUUGCCCAUGCGCAGAGGAAAAUGUUGAGUGAAAAUGAAAGUAGGUCCAAAAGCACAUGUGUAAACACGGGGGAGCAAUUAUUAUUGUAGUUCACGAAUAAAAGUGACGAUGGAUUAGCGAAUUGUAAAAUAAAAGCGUUUUAUAUUGUUUUAGAGUAUCAGAAAUAUGGACAUCGAUAUUUCUGACAAUGCUAAUAAUUGUGAAGAUGAAGAAAUGGAAGAACAGCAUGAUACUGAGCAAAUAAAUGAGAUCAUGAAAGAGAUAUUUGGAUCUUCUGGUGAUGAAGAUGAUGACAAUGGUGAAAGUGAUGAAGAAGAGGAGGAAGAAGAUGAAUAUGGGAUGUGGAAAGAUAUAUCAAGGAAUACUGAUGAAUAUGACAAGGAGGAGGUGGAUAUCCUUUCAGAUAGAAGAUUUAUUGUUGGAGAGAGGGAAAUAUUGGACCUUAUUAAAAGGAGCACUUGCAAAGAGUGUGUUGGACCAAUACUCCCCUCUUCUGUUGUUGAAGCAGAGAAAAUAGCUGCAGGAGUAAAGUAUAAAUUUACCUGCAGAAAUGGUCAUGUAGGAAAAUGGAUUUCUACACCAUUUUAUGGAGGGAGAAGUGCUGCUGCAAUCCUGCUGCAACUCAUGGUUCUUCUCUCUGGGGCAUCAUGGGAUCAGUUUACCAUGGGUGCCAAAUUUAUUAAUCUUGCAAUAGGAUCAGCAAGACAAUUCUACAGAAUGCAACUUCAGUACAGAGUUGCUGUGCAGAAAGUUUUUAAAAAGCACAUGGAAAAAGUUGCAGAAAAUCUGAGAGAGAUUCCUCUUAGCCUGGCUGUGGAUGUAAGAUAUGACACCCCAGGUUUCUGUGCCAGCAAGUCUACAGCAGUUUUUAUGGACAUACAUUCCAGAAACAUUGUACAUAUGGAAAUUGGGGAUUCUCGUGAGGUUGGACGGCACAGUCCCAAAAUGGAGAGGCUUCUAAUUGAGAGGGGUCUCAAUUAUAUUGUUAGUGCUUCACCAUAUGUAGUGUGGGAAAUCAUUUCAGAUGCGAGUAGAAAUAUUAUUUCUUUAAUGCGUACAGAUCCAUAUAAACAUCUUCAGCACAGUUUAGACAUCUGGCACAAAGCCAAGAAACUAGCCUUUAUGUUGGGAGAAAUUGCUAAAAAGGCAGCAAAUAAAGAUCUUUUGCCUUGGAUUCGACCUGUAGUGAAUCAUUUUUGGUACUGCUGUAGCACUUCAAAAGGGAAAGUUGAAAAAUUAGUAAAAAGGUGGUUUGGCAUUCUUCAUCAUGUCACCAACCAACACUUUUGGCCUGGAGGAAGAUGCCAUCACCCUACAAACUCAUGUUCAAAUGAAAAAUGGCUCGGAAGGAAUUCAUCAGGAUUUCAGGAACUAAGGAAAAUUGUUACAAACAGAGAAUGGUGUGGAAGCAUGUCAUUUUAUGUCAACUGUCGCCAAACUUGGGCUAUAGAGAACUUUUUUAGCCAUACUCUCCUGCACUAUGUUCCUAAAAGAGUGUCUUACAGCUAUGACUCCUACAGCAUUAGAAACAUGUUAGCUGUUAUGGAUCACAACAACCAUCUUCAUAGGUUACCAGCAGUAACAGAGAGUGGUUUACCACAUGUGUAUUCCCACUUUUCACGGAAAACCAAGCAGUGGGUUGCAUAUGAAAAGAAGACAAUUAAAGAAUACACAUACAUUCCAAAACUUAUUGUAACAUGCAUGAAGGAAAUAUAUGGGAGUCCUUGUGCAGGUUACACAAGGAGUAAGCAGUCCAAAGACCUUGACAGCAUCUCUGCCAAUUUAUCAGGCAUAGAAAAUCCUGGAUCAAGGCUUUUACUUUCAGAAAUGAAAAGCAGAAAAAAGUGUGGACUUGCUGCUGCCUCCAGCAAAUGAUUUCUGCUAGGAAGAUGUCCCCUGCUGACAUUGCGUGUGCUCUGACUAGCAUAAGGAUGGUAACGAGCAGACUACAACAGUAAUAGUUAUUGUGAGAUCUACGAAAUACAUGUAUACCAAUUCUGAUUUAGGAGGACCUUAUCAUAGAGGAAGGGUGAACAUCAUAACAUUAACAGAUAGCCAACACUCCUAUGUGUAGGAUAACAAUCCAUCAUACUUACUUCCUGCGUACUUGUGUUUUCUUUGAAUUGACAGCAGGGAUUUCGGCAAUUGGUACAACCUCUUCUCUUGCAUGGGCAGCUUUUACAUUUGCCUCUGUUUUCACAGGGACAGCACUGCUAAAUGUAAAUUUUUAUAAUACAUGUACAUGUACAGUGUACUUAUUUUUCAUAGGUUCAUUUGACUUUUAAAAUUUAUAUAUAGUACUUAUUAUUUUCAUUAUUAAUACAUUUUUAAAAUAACUUUCAAUUUGUCAAAACCAUUGAAAUAUAUAUAUUUCCUUGUUUAAAUUUAGGUAACAUAGGAAAAAUUUUAUUUUUUCAAAUACAGUGGUCUAGAAUUAUAUAUAUAUAUAUGUAUAUGUAUAUGAAAUCAAUUUGUAAACAGAUGUGCAUGAA